AGCGUGUCGACUGAUUCACUUUCGGACGCAAAAAAAAGCCAUCCAGGUUUCAUCACAAUCACCAUUACGAUCAGCGAAUUCGUGUGCGACCAGACGAAGUAAUAAUGGCUGUCCGUGCUCAAUUCGAGAAUUCCAACGAGUAAGAUGGACCCGGGCUACGCAUUUGCAACUGCGCCCUGCGCUUCGAUCAUUAUUUGCCAGUUACGAGCUUGGAAGAUUGCUGACUGUCAUCAAAGCGUUGGAGUCUUCUCUCGACUGACCAACUCAUACGCCAUUGUUGCCAUUGGCGCUUCCGAGAACUUUUACAGUGUCUUUGAGGCUGAACUGCAGGAUGUUAUUCCUAUCUGCCACGCUACCAUUGCUGGUACUCGCAUUGUCGGUCGUUUGACGGCAGGAAACCGCAAGGGUCUCCUUGUCCCCACUACUACCACAGACCAAGAGCUUCAGCACCUCCGGAAUACACUGCCAGAUUCGGUAAAAAUCCAACGGAUAGAGGAGCGGCUAUCAGCCCUGGGCAAUGUUAUCUGCUGUAACGACCAUGUUGCAUUAAUCCACCCCGACUUGGAACGUGAGACGGAAGAGAUUAUUGCCGACGUUCUCGGCGUCGAAGUCUUCCGACAAACCGUGGCCGACAACGUCCUGACCGGUUCCUACAUGGCCCUCUCCAACCAGGGCGGUAUCGUUCACCCCAAGACCUCCAUCCGCGACCAGGAUGAGCUCUCCUCCCUGCUGCAGGUGCCCCUCGUCGCCGGUAGUGUCAACCGCGGUAGCCCCGUGGUCGGCGCCGGCAUGGUCGUCAACGACUGGCUGGCCGUGACGGGUCUGGAUACGACGGCGACGGAGCUGAGCGUCAUCGAGAGUGUCUUCCGGCUGGGUGAGAUGGGUCCCCGUGGUGUCGGACAGGGCAAUACCAACAAGGAGAGCAUAGUGGAGAGUUUCUACUAGAUUUUUUUCUCCUUCAUCCUCCACCGCGAUCGUCAUGUUGUUUAUGAAACCCUUUCCAUACACAUUUUCCAAAAUAUUCUUAUUGUGCCAUGAAUGAUCCUAUGAAACACCCUUUCGAGCCCCGAGGAUUCUUUCCAGGUUUCCACAAGACUUAUCCAUUUGUAGAGCUUUGAGGGGAUAGCCACGAGAGAGAGAGAGGCGGAAUGCGCCGAACUGAGAACUGUCUUAUUCAAAUAAUGCAUGCA